CCAGGAUUUUCCGUUGACGCAUAUCGGUACUAACGUUCGAUUCAUGACCUCAACUCGAACGGACAUCGAUUUGUGCGCCACUUUGCAGGAGACAAACACGUGCGAGCACACUUAACAACACAGUCAGAUGCGAGUUAUUUCAUUCAAUGAGAAAUUCCAGAAGAUAAGGAACAGAUGUCGUGAGAGAAGGGAAGAACAUUUAAAACAAACCCAAGGGAAUUUCUCAUAUUGUUAUCCGCUCGAACGCAAUAACGUCGUCCCACUUGCACACUGAUCGAUAAACGAAUACACAAGUUCAUGCGACUUUGUUCUUUGCACACGUACGUUCGCACGUGUAACUUUCGACCGAUUCGUUGAAACGUUGUAAGUUCAAGACUUAAAAUUCUGCGACUACAUCUGCAGUGGAAAACACAGGCGCGUGAAUUCCGCUAAUCCAGCGAGCGUGAUAAAUAUUUUAUUAAUACCGCGAUUUGUUCUAAAGAGAACAUGAAUAAAAAAGCGAUCAUCAUCCCGCAUUAUUGAAGUUUACAGUGGGAGGAAAAUUUCAACGGAAUCUACCGAGAAUCAAGAGACGCGUCAGGAAACAUAAUUACUUAGCGGCAGCGCAAACAAAAUUUUCAUCGGCGACGACCGAGAAGUGACGGUCAGGUCAGGGUUGAUGUACAGGGGCGCGUUAUAUAUCAAUACGUUAUAUAUCAAUGUCACGCGGAUUAUCUAACACAAUUUCAUUUGUUACAUUCAACUCAUUUCGAUUCGUAACACACGCACGUCAUUCUUAAAUGUAAAAUCGCCAUUCAUGAUGUAUAGUUACGCACACUAGCCUUUUAAGCUAGUUCGUUCGGCGAGAGCUGAUGGAAAACAAGUCGAAAGAUCAAAGUUCAAAGACCGAGUAAAGAAAAUCUCGAUCUCACAUUGCAAAUUGUUUUAUUUACAUUUGAAAGAAAAAAUUUGAACCGGGCUUGCAAAAAUUCUUUACGGCCCGUUGCAUCAUCGCGCGCACGUAUCUGAUGUCAACGAUCCAUCGUCUCGCCAUUUUCCCCCAAUCAGGAAUAGCCACGUCGAUCGAUCGGCAAUACUAUUAUUUCGGUCAGUGAACUGUUUUAUUUUGGACAAACGGCCAUCUUACGUGUGUCACACUUUCUCGAUCGAUCGCACGCACACGUAUAUGUAGUAAAAUUUCAUAUAUUAUAUAUAUAUGCCCUACGAAGAUGAUGCAAGUCAUGGAUACUUUGUUCUGACGUGUUUCAUCAGACGUGCAAUUUCCGCGAUAACGGACUUAACAGUCCCACCUGUUGGGAAGAGACAUCACGCGCCGAACACAGGACACCUCCUGAUAAAUAUAUCAAGGACGAUGAUCAUCAGAAGAGUUGUGUGUUUGAAGAAAUGUUUUAUCGAACGAAAAUUUUCAAGAAGCGCGAAGAUCACAUGGGACGCUUUCUUACGCAACAACAACGGCGGAACGUCGCUCAAGAAAUUCGUCGUAGAACAUUAUGACAUAGCUAAGGCAAUUCUAGAAAAUACCGAGAUCACUCGGAAUCAUUUGACUCCGGAAGUGAAGCUGUUUUUACUGACAGAGAACUGUCCUUUGUACUACGAGUCUUUCCAUGAGAAUGGAAAAUUCGAUUCUUUCACCAGAAACAUGUUCCAAGACUCGUUCUGGUCUGUAUAUUGGCCAGGAGGACAAGCACUGACGAGAUUUAUUUUUGACGAAAAGAACGAAAUUUUAAAGAACAAAAAUACAAGACUCGAAGCGAAGCGAGACGAGUUAAGGAUCUUGGAUUUAGGCGCGGGAUGCGGUGCUACGGCGAUAGCUGCGAAAUUAACGAUCGGAUCCUGCAAGAUUGUCGCGAACGAUAUCAACAAAGUUGCUUGUGUGGCCAUUGCGAUGAACGCAAUGUUAAAUAAUGUGGACAUCGAAGUAUCUUGGGCAAAUCUGCUGACAGGCUCACCUGAACAACCGUACGAUCUAAUUUUCGUCGGUGAUUUGCUGUAUGACGAGGAAAUGGCAAAUAAUCUAAUUACAUGGCUGGAAAAGGCACACACGCGAGGUGCACGAAUUUAUUUGGGAGAUCCGGGAAGGCAUGGGUUGACUGAAAAUUUCAAGAAGAGAAUGAGAUUGCUCAAACGAUAUUUUUUGCCCGAGAACGUCAGGAAAGAGAAUUACGGUUAUGACACAGCUACCGUGUGGGAAUUUCAACAAAUUUGAAUGAAACUGACGACAUUUAUAACGUUCAAUUAUGAACUAAAUAUAAUUUUUUACCAAGUCAUAGAUUUUAUACUCUACUAGAUUAUUUUUUGUUAUGGAAUUAAUAUAUGUUCGCAUACAGAUUGCGAUAGUUGAUCAACUGAUUGCUCUUUAAAGAUUUAUGUGCUUAGAUUGUUAAGCAAUUGUGUUUGUGUGUUCAAAUGUGCGUUCUUUAACAUAUUGACGCACAAACCUGCUUGCGACACAUAGUUUCACAAUUUUGCACUCGUACAACGGUUGUACAUCACGUGUUAGUGUAUAUACAAAUAGUCACGUGCAAGCGCGUAUUUUUAUGUGUAAAAACUGCCUCAAAAGCAGCAGCAGAGAAUUCAUAUUGUAUGGUAUACAAGCGAUUCAUUAUAUAAUAUAAAGUUAAGUAGUAAUUUUCGCAUAAACACUCGUUCAAUGUAUUCGCGAUAAAUAAUCUUAUCGCAAAUAUUUAUCACACAAGAUGAUCGUUGCAUCGGUCAAGUACGAUGCGACGAUUGUUGAAUAUAAACGAUGUU